CGACUUUUAUCGUCGUUAUGUUUGCUUAAAUAAAUCUGGUAAAUUAUUAUUGUAAAAGAAAGGUUUUUUGAUAGUAUGGCGAAAAGGUGUCUAAAUAUGACACUUUUUAACUAUUUUCAUAUCAAAAUAAAACAAUAGUUUCACUUGAAAGUGCAGAUAUCAUUUGUAACUUUGACAAUUGUUUUGGAUAUUUUUUUUAUAAAGUUGUACUUAAUGACAAAUUAUGGAUGAAGAUGCACAAGUAAGUAGCAAUUCUAUUAUAGUUGUACCAGAGUCUCCUGAAAGCCCAAGUAUUCUACGCUCCCCGAUAAUCGGUCGUCAAAGACAAGAUUCACAGCCUUCGGUACAACCUGAUCCAGUACAAGAUGAAAAUGCCCAAUUUAGCGAUAAUAUUUACAACGAAGGGGCUAGUUCUAGUAAUAAUGAAACGAGUAAUCUUCCAAGAGAUAAUUAUCUCUUGUGGCAACCGAAUAUGGGUGUGUACAAUGACAAUUCGAGCUCAGCACAAGGGAAUUCAUCACAGCCUAACCCAGAAAGCAACCAAGCAAUACAGGAAAAUGUUAGACCUCAUAGUGCCGAUCCGUGGCGUCCUGGUCUCGGUUUAUUUGAUGACAACUCUAGUUCUGCUCAAGCACCAAUCGUACAUUCAGAAGACAGUAACACGGGUAUGAUAAAUCAAGAAUCGAACAGCUUACAGUCGUUUCCCGAUGCUGAUAUUAAAAAGGAAGAUACUAUCGAGGAACCGCCUGCGAAAAUUAGAAAGUUAUCCUCUCCAAAACAUAAUGACGAGGUCGAUGGCGAGUCUUGUCCAAUUUGUUUAGACUCUUGGGGCAAUUCAGGCGAUCAUAGAUUGGUUGCUUUAAAAUGUGGCCAUUUGUUUGGCGCCCAAUGCGUUGAAAGAUGGUUAAAAGCUCAGAACAGCAAAGACAGGUCCUGUCCAACGUGUAAAAGCAAAGCGACGUUAAAAGAUCUUAGAUUUAUCUACGCGAGGAGACUCGUGGCGGCGGAUACGUCUCAGAUAACGACGUUGCAAAAACAAAUAGAUAUAUUACAAGCGGAGAAGAGUAGGACCGAGCUGGAACUCGAAAAGUCUAGAAUAGCCCACCGAGCUUGCUUAUUACAACUAGAAGUCCUUAGAAGUACGUUAAUGAAGAAUCAAGUCUCCAAGGAGCAAGCGCCCAGAAGAUCCUGGCGAUUCGCGUUGGAGAAGAAUUUAGAAAUAUGUAAAGAUGGCGGCUGUAGAGUACUCACGUAUAAUUGUAGGACUUACGAAUUAUAUGUAUCUCAGAAAAGCACCGUCAAUCUAUUUCCAGGUUUCGGUAUUCGGAAAAUUAGCUGUACAGACAAUAAAUUAGGCGAAUUCGUUCAUUUACACUCAAAACCGAUACGAGAUGUAACUUAUUCUCAGCCCAGAGACCUACUUCUUAGCGUGGGACUAGACAGCACUGCUCGGAUAGUUGAGAGAGGCAUCCCGAGUUCAACGAUACAGUGUGGCGUACCUUUGUGGUCUUGCUCGUGGGAUUAUUUACGCAGCAACGAAUUCUAUGUCGGUGGAGUCGGUGGUGUGAUUCACCAAUACGACGUUAGAAACCCGGGAUCAUACAUCCAAAGAUUAAAUGCGAUCUCAGACAUAUCCCCCGUAGUAUCCCUCUGUUCGACGGAAUACGGUUUAUUAUCGUGUCAGUUAAACUCCUGCUGGCUCUGGGUGAGCAAUAUGAGGCAGUGGGAGCCCCGAUCGUUGCCAGUCGAUGGGCCAUUCAUGUCGCUCUGUUAUGACAACGAAUCACACAGGGCGCUGUUGUCAUCUCGUGCCAGUGCCAACGAGAGAUCAAGGUUGAGUUUGUGUAAGUUGAAAGCAAGUGUGCCGAGCGGAGAGAUAUUGUUUGACGUGGAACAGACGUUUGCUGGAUCUGUUCGGUCUACAUUAAUGUCUAGAAGUUCCUUCGUCAGAGUUUCGGGAGCUUCGUGGGUAGCUGCUCAUUCGGAGAGCGAGUCUUCUCUUUAUCUCCAUGGACUGGACGGCGCUAGGACGAUGUCGCUGCCGGCAGCGGAGCCCGCGAUAGACGUCUGUUCAGCUCAGUUAAACGGCGACACAAUACUCGCAGCGCUCUCCGAAUCGAGGCUGCGUCUAUACAAAGCGAUACCGACUAAUUCCUGACGAACAGUUUAUUGAAUUCGCUGUGAUCGUGGACAUUAAAAUUAGUUUUUUUUUUUUUUGUAAAUAUUUUUCGUGUUUAGGCGUUAAAUUGUAGGUUAUUUGGUAAAUAAACAAUGUUAUGAAAUAUUUUGUAUCGCGCUGCCAUUUUGUAAUAAUGUUGUGAUUUUAGUUUUAAUAUUGUUGAAAUGUUAUUUAAGUUAACGGUAAAUAAUUAUAGACUAACGGCUUCACUUGUAAAUGUUGUUU